AUGAAAUGUUUUAUGGUCGAAUUGUUUAGCACUUAUAAAGCCCGUGAAAACUACACCCAAACUAUCAGCCAUAUUAUUUUUGAUGAAGCCCUAAUUAACCCCAAAACAGGAGAAGAAUAUUUAGAGAAUGAAAAAGAUAAAAUAGAUGAAUUAUUAGGCUCAGCAUGGAGAGAUAGAGAUAAUGACCCCAAACCUAAAUUAAUCUAUAUUGCUAACCCUUAUGACCGAUUUAUUUACUUUUUAGAAGACUUUUUACCUACUAUUAGGAAAAGUAGAGAGCAGUUAAAAAAGAAAGUAAUAAAUAAUGACUUGGUAAAACUACCAGCCAAUCAUAAAACUCUUUACCUCUACAAAAACACCAAUUGCUUAAAAUCUUGCUCUUGUGAAUUAGAAAACUGUUUAGAGUUAUGGAAUAACUUUUUUGCCCGUGAAGAAGACUUAAAAAUGUGUGAGUUUAUCAAUGGCUCUACUCCUAAAUAUAUUUUCCAAGACUGUAUUCUCUACCAAGCCAAAAAAGGUUUUUUAUUUUUCAUUAGCAAAGAUAAUAAAGAAAUCAGUAAUAAGGAGGAAAUUAAAAAUAUCCCUGAAUACUACACGGAAAACGAACAAAGAAGGGAUAGCAAAGCCAAAUACAAAAUACCCAUAGAAGAACCAAUAUUAAAAGAAGACUUAUUAUAUUACUGA